AUGGCUUCAGAGGCACCUCAGGACGUCUCCAUGAGCUCUCCACCUGCUAUUCCAGCCGCCGAUCAAGACCAAGAGCCCAAAUACGGCGGCUACUCGCGCUUCGAGAUCGAGCUCGAGUUUGUGCAGUCGCUCGCCAAUCCCUACUACCUCAACCACCUCGCGUCGCAGAAGCUCCUUACCCAACCUGCCUUCAUCGCCUACCUCGACUAUCUCCAGUACUGGUCCAAGCCGCCAUACCUCAAGUAUCUGACGUAUCCGGGGCCGACGCUGCGCCACUUGCAGCUUCUGCAGCGCGAGAGAUUCAGGCAGGAUAUCAUGAGCCCGGAUUUGGUCCAGCGGCUGGUAGAGGACGAGAUGAAGGCGUCGGUGCAGUGGCAUCGCGAGCCAUGA